AAAUAAUUAUCUAAUGAAUUCUUCCACUGAUACUAAAAUUUUCUCAGUUCUUUCUAAAGCAAGAGAAGAACUUGAAUCUCUGAAAGCCAAUUUAAAGAAAAUUUCUAAAUAGAAAUAAGAAAUUCUGGAAGUGGAAUACUGACAUGGAAAAAUAAAAUAGCAGAAUUAGUUGCAGAGUAUUAUGAGAUAAAUACACUGGAAGAUCUGUUUGAUCCAAGAAUUGAAGCGCUUUCCCAAGAUAUCAUCAUCCCUCCAUAUCAAAUUUGUGACUCUCUUUCGUGCACGAUGGCAAGUAUUUCAUCUGUUACUAUGCAAUUCCAAGGAGAAUUCAAAGAUAAGAUCUACAUGUUCUCAUUGAACAAAAAACCGGAAAAAGAUAUUUUCUUCUUUUUUGGAUCAUUGGAAUCAAGCGAACAGAUUCUUCUGUUCAGAGAGAAGGAUAUGAUUAAAGACAAAGUUCCUGAAAAUGACACUCCUUUAGUCAAAGCUUUUUCAUGUUUGAGUGGCACUGAAACAAUCAAGGAAAGACUCUCUUCAAUUGCCAGUGAGAUUAUAAUCCUCAGAGUAGAUGUUGAUCUUGAGAAAAUUAAAGAUACUGAGACAUUUAAUGCACCGGUGACAAGAGUAAAGGUGAUCGAAGGAAUAAACUACGGACUUGAAUACUCCAUGAUCUCAAAUGAGUAAUCUUUGCACAAAAAGUUGCAAUAAA